CAAUAAAGCUAUGAUGCCAAUCAAAGGCCGUAGCAGCCAAGUUACAAUAAAGCCAUCCAUCACGCUGCGCGAACAACAUAGCCUAGUACAGAUGCUCUGUGAAGUACAAGUCGGAUUUGACUGAGAUCUCAGCAAGGAGAGACAGAGUCGAAUUUUAAAGUGAUCUCUAGGAGCAAUAGCCAUCUUGAAGUAGUUAUAUUCUAAGCCAUGACAACAUUGUUGUGAAAAGCCAUCGUCACGAGAGCAUUACUCGCUAAGCCCGAACGUUUCUCCAGAGGAAGGACAAAUAAUUGAACAAAGACUAUUUGGUUUGCCCAUUCAGAUUUUUACUUCCAUCUCACGCAAUUACGAACUUUAGGAGCGAGUAAUCACGAGACGCUAGUUGGAGCUCCUGGUGUCUCUACAAUGACUUCUUCACAAGAUCCCUACUGUAACACGUCCAGUUCACACUUUUCUUUUUCUGUGGGACAAAGUACUCGGUCAUCACGWCCUUCAUCUCACGAAUUUAUUUUCGCUGGUCAAGAGAACUAUUCUAGUGGAGCAUCCACUGCUGUUCGACCGUCUAACGCGGCCAUGGGACUCGCCGAUGCAGGAGUUUCACGAGGAGCGAACGUCACUCGACAACACAAUAUCUUCCAUGGUCCCGUCGUUCACCCAUUGCAUCCAAACUAUGGCAGUUUGCAAGAGCCAAGAGAUGGCGGGAACGGUUCCCCCCAUGGAUUCUUCUCUGUUGCUCACGCACACGAUCCUCCUGCUCAUUACCCAGGCAAUGCAGGAACACUUAGCCCAGCAUAUCGAUUUUCCAAAGGCCUAGAAUUCUAUCCUCGUGACGACAAGCUAGAUCAUACUCAGUAUACGAGCCCGUUUGUACCGCCAAGGUAUGAAUACAUGCAGCAUCCUGGAUUGUCAAUGCCGCCAAGUUAUCUUCGUCAACCGUUGAGCCACGUCGUUACUUGCGAGUGGAUUGAGCCAGGAAAUAAGGGGAAACCUUGCGGCAGACAAUUCUUCCGUAUGCACGAUAUUGUGGCCCAUCUGGCUGAGGAUCACGUUGGUGGACCAGAAAGCUCGUCACAUGUUUGUUUCUGGAAAGAAUGUCCACGGAACGGCUUGCCGUUCAAAGCCAAAUAUAAACUYAUAAAUCAUAUUCGUGUACACACGGGAGAAAAGCCGUUCCCAUGUCCAUUCCCAGGCUGUGGGAAAYUAUUYGCUCGCUCUGAGAAYCUGAAAAUUCAUAAAAGAACUCAUACUGGAGAGAAACCUUUCGUUUGCGAGUAUCCUGGAUGCGAUCGAAGGUUUGCAAACUCGAGCGACCGCAAAAAGCAUUCACAUGUCCAUACGUCUGACAAACCUUACAUUUGCAAAGUGGAUGGAUGUAAUAAAAGCUACACACAUCCGAGCUCUUUGAGAAAGCACAUGAAACUACACGCCAAACCAUCAGAAUCUGGGAUCGAAAGCCCACAAGAAGAAGCUCUUUCAAACGGAAAGUCAAACACUGCUCCGUUCCCCUCUGCUUCUACAUACCCCCCAAUGUCGGAGUGGUUUAACAGAAUACCCGGAGCUCCAGCCCAUCACGAACACUAUCAUUUGGAAAACCCUACAACUAUAGGUCCCAGUCAAACCGCUUUAGCGUCAUACUGAGUAGGAGAACAAGAAUUUCUCGACAAUAAAUUCAACGACUAGUUUUAGAGGUUAGGUCGAAUKGAAUGGAACGGCACGAAUUUAGUGCUCAACCAAACAACAGAGUUCCUUUGGCUGAAAAUAGUAAGCCUAGAACAAUGCCGUCGACUGUUGGAGCUCCCGAAAGACAGCRAAAACAAAUACACUACCCUUUUAUACGUGAAAUUUGUUAGACACUCAAAUACGAGACAGCGAGACGCCAGCCACUUUAGGCACUUCAGGAAGCAUAAGAAGGGAGACGGUUGUCCUAGAUGUAGACCAGAGUUUUCUAAAAAAUUGUCUGCUGUGCUACAAGAACCACUGAUUUCACAUGUAAUUUCACGARCGAAUCUAUCAUUUCAUUCACUAUUUUUUAUUAUUAUUAUGAUUUUAAAGCAAAUUCACUUAGUUGGGACCUUUUCGUCAAGAAUKCUGUGAAUUUGGUGUUAGGCUGACAAUGUGAGUUGACAACACCGCUGAUAUAUUUUAGUUAGUUUUCAAAAAGUGGUUUUAUUUUCUUAAAUGUUUCAUUGAUCGAUUUAUUUCCAAGAAACUCAAAGUUCUAAUGUACAUAGAAAAUAUAUAACUGGAAGACAUUAGAAAGAACCACGCAAAGAUGGGAACCAAUUUAUGAAAAGAGCAAAAUGUUGAAAACAUUCUUGUGUUAUUGCUGGCCGUAAGCCCCCACACACAUUGAUUGUAAAUAUGGCAAAAGUUUAUAAGCUUACUAGACUUGAGACUCACACAAACGAUGAUAAAAUAAAAAAUUACCCAGGGCUAUUCUA